UCGCCAACAAAGCAUGGCGUUGUGUUGCUGUCAUUUGAAAGAGGAUGCUAACAAAUCUACGGUGUUUUUGAACAUGUGAAGUGACUCCAUAAGAUUCCCAAUUCGCUAAACUGGUCUCGUUUUCUUGGUCUAGUAUUUUCUUUGCGUUGUAAUUCUUGUCACGGGACUCUAAGCUGCUAUAGAGCCGGUUAAAAACAAAAUGCUCUCUGUGAAGGUCGCAUAUUUGGCUUCGGCUGCGUCCCGAGCAAUCUCAAAUAGAGUCAACUCUCGUAAGUUUGUUAUUGUGUCGGCGUACUCUUGCCUUCAUUGUCCUGUUAGCCAGACUCGCUUUUAUCAAUCAGUAGCUGCGCCGGAAGAGACUGUUAUUCGGAUCCCUCGCUCCAUGCAGAAGCAAGUGGAAAAUGUGAAGCAGACUCGAGGUAAAAACAAGAUCAACACCGUCAGAGCUGGCAAGCUGCUGAUCCAGAGCAAGUACCCGGAUCUGAACCAGACUGGAGCAUACACUCUCGGGAGGUUCGAGCAGCCCGUCCUCUCCUCGAAAGGAUGGAAACACAACAAAUCAUUUGGGGACUAUUUCACCAUCAACAACAUGAGGACGGUGGCCCCUUGUGUUGCUGAAAACCAGAAUGAAGAAGUUGAAAAGGAAGCAGCUGUGACGUUUAAUAACCUCCACAUCUGUAAGGAGCUGGUUGAGACUUUGGAGAAAAUCGGCAUUACCAACCCUACCACCGUGCAGCUGCAGACCAUCCCAAAGGUCAUGAAAGGUCACAAUAUUCUCUGUGCUGCGGAGACUGGCAGUGGGAAAACCUUGAGUUACCUCCUGCCUAUUAUUCAGAGGCUAAAGGCUGAUAAGGAAUCGGAGAUGUACGCUCAAGGCGCACACAAGAUUGGUGCUGUGGUUAUUGUGCCUUCUAGAGAGUUAGCAGAGCAGGUGGCCGCUGUGUCCAGGGGUUUGUGUGCUCAGUUAGGUUUACGGACGAUGACUGUGGGGGGUGGGCGAGGUGUAGGACACAUCAAGGAGGUCUUCAAGAAGGAUCAUCCGGAUAUUUUAGUGGCCACACCAGGGGCUCUGGUGAAGGCCCUGCGGAGACGCUGCAUUGACUUGACCGACCUGAGCUUCUUCGUGGUAGACGAGGCUGACACCAUGUUCGACCCCAGUUUUUCUGACAUGCUGGAGAACAUCCUUGUCAAAACAAACAUCUCUAGUGAUCCCAAGGAAACAAAAGGCCUGGACCAUAAAGCCCAGCUGCUGGUGGUGGGGGCCACCUUCCCUGGGGGUGUGGGUGAAGUGCUCAGCAAGGUGACAGAUCUUGGCAGCAUGGUUGUUAUCAAAAGCAAGAUGCUGCACUUCCUCAUGCCUCAUGUCAAGCAGAAGUUUCUGAAGUUGAAGGGUGCUGAUAAGAUCCUGGAGCUCAACCAGGCCCUGAAGCUCCAACAGGAAGAAGGAGGCGGUGCUGCACUGGUGUUCUGCAACAAGAGUGUCACCGUCAACUGGCUGGGGUACUCGCUGGACGAGAUGGGGGUGAAGCACGCCCGUCUGCAUGGCAACAUGCCUGCUGCCAUGCGGGCAGGAAUCUUCCGCUCUUUCCAGAAGGGCAGUGCAGAUGUGCUGGUAUGCACAGACAUCGCUUCACGUGGCCUGGACACAUCUCGAGUGCGAUUGGUCGUCAACUAUGACUCCCCAGAAUCCCACACGGACUACAUUCACAGGGCAGGGAGAGUGGGGAGGGCAGGAGGGAUGGAGGGAGGGGAGGUGCUCACCUUUGUCACGCAUAUGUGGGACGUGGAGCUGGUGCAGAAGAUCGAGACUGCUGCACGAAGGAGAACUAGUUUGCCAGGGAUGGAGUCUGAGAUACGUGAGCCGAAACCCAAAGAGAGUAGUACAGAGGAGUAGAUGAGUAUGUUUUCAGAUGGAAAAGCCUCCAGUGGGACAUUGUAUGUGUAGUAUUGGAAUGACAAAGUCUAAAUGUGCAAAACAUUUUAAGCAGAAUACAAUUUGAUCUAAACUUAAAAUAACAUAAAAUAAAUUGUACCUAUUAAUGGGGAUAUGGAAGAGACCCAGUGUGUGCGUUAUUUAUCAAUUUACUCUUGUCCUAGUUUGAAAAAAUAUUUUGCCAUAGCCGAUUAAAAUAUGAUGUAAAUGUUUGUUUUCUGCAAAUUAAUCUGCUCAUCAGUUGCUUAUUUGGAUUUAAUAUACUUCUUACAAUGUUUCCAAUCAACUGAUGCACUUAUUUUGUUUGUGUUAUUUUUAUUGAUUUUGUUUUGUAAAAAUGUUUAAACUUAUAAGUAAAAAUAGCUUUGAAUAUUUGUUUCACUUUGUUUCUUUUACCUCAACUAUUGAUUAGAGCCAUUUGGAAAACAGGUGAGCUUUGAACAAUGUACUGGUCAUUUUCUUUCUCCAUUAGCAACAUAUUUCUUUCCUUAGAACUACUGAAAACAGAGUUGACCCGGUUGGUGAGUGUAAAUGAUUGCCAACUGUGCAACAAAGUAAAGUUCUUCAAAUACAACCUGUUGGCUUUUUCGCCACACCUAACCAAAUACCAUCCAGGGUGUGUUAUUAAAAUGAGCAACAGUGUAGUGAACAUUGCA